AGCCUACAACUGCUGCUCUCAAAUCACAGGCUGCAGCCUGCCGCCGCCAGCUAUGCUGCUUCUCCUCCUCUUUCUGCUCCCUUCGCCGCAGCCGGGACGCAGCGCGCGCUAUGAUCCUACCUGGGAGUCUCUGGAUUCCAGACCACUUCCGCCGUGGUUUGAUGAAGUCAAGUUUGGCAUUUUCAUCCACUGGGGCGUGUUCUCCGUGCCCGGCUUCGGCAGCGAGUGGUUCUGGUGGUACUGGCAGAAGGAAAAGAUACCGUCCUAUGUAAAAUUUAUGGAGACAAAUUACCCUCCUGGCUUCAGUUAUGAAGAUUUUGGCCCUUUGUUUACAGCAGAGUCUUUUGAUGCCAAUCAGUGGGCAGAUAUUCUGAAGGCUUCUGGUGCAAAAUAUGUUGUCUUGACUUCAAAACAUCAUGAAGGUUUUACUUUGUGGGGGUCCAGAUACUCUUGGAACUGGAAUGCUGUCAAUGUAGGACCAAAAAGGGACCUUGUGGCUGAAUUGGCAACAUCUAUUAGAAACAGCACUGAGUUGCACUUUGGGUUGUACCACUCUCUCUUUGAAUGGUUCAAUCCUCUUUUCCUUUAUGAUGCCUCCAAUGUAUUCACGACAAGACAGUUUCCAACUGCCAAAUCAUUGCCUGAACUCUAUGAGAUUGUGAUGAAAUACCAACCAGAGAUCCUCUGGUCUGAUGGGGAUGGUAACGCACCAGAUACUUACUGGAACAGCACUGGAUUUUUAGCCUGGCUGUAUAAUGACAGCCCAGUUCGGGAUACAGUUGUAACAAAUGAUCGCUGGGGACUUGGCAGUAUUUGUAAGCAUGGUGGAUACUACACCUGCAGCGACCGUUAUAAUCCAGGAUACCUUUUGCCUCAUAAGUGGGAGAACUGUAUGACCAUAGACAAACAGUCAUGGGGUUAUAGAAGGAAUACACGGCUAAGCGAUUACUUCACGAUUGAAGAACUGGUAAAGCAACUCGUAGAAACAGUAUCAUGUGGGGGAAAUCUCCUGAUGAAUAUUGGACCCACCCAUGAUGGUCGCAUAGAUCUUAUAUUUCAAGAACGCCUAAGGCAGAUGGGUGUCUGGCUGGAAGUCAAUGGAGAAGCCAUUUAUGGAACUAAACCAUGGAGAACUCAGAAUGAUACGGUCACACCAGGAGUGUGGUACACGUUCAAACCUAAAGAAGACACAGUCUAUGCUAUUUUCCUUAAUUGGCCAAUCUCAGGAACUCUAAUACUUGGUGCCCCCAAGACCAUUGUUGGAGAGACCCAAGUGAAGCUGAUUGGCUAUGAAGGACAACUGAAGUGGGUUUCACUGGGAGAAGAGGGAAUGACUGUGGCUGUACCUCAGUUAACCCCUGAUCAGUUACCGUGUCAGUGGGGCUGGACUCUGCAAUUGACUACUGUAAACUGAAUGAUGCAACUGAAGAUUUAAGUUGCUGUUUCUAAACAUACAUUGAGAGCUUCAAAUUUCUAACUUGAUUGGACUCUUAUGCAUAGCUGAAAUUGGGAUUGAUGGGAGAAGAUUUAAUGCAAAUACUAGUCCAGAUUCACCAGGAUGAGGAUUUGGCCCUUUCACUUCUAGCAUUUAACCUCUAGAGUGGUUAGCUUUAAAUGGUGAGGUGGAUUUGCAAGAUUGCAUUGGGUCUUGUUUUAAGCACAAUAUUAAUUUCGGAUUUACUGGUUUCAAUUCAUCUCUUCAAAAAGCUGACCCAUAGUACAGCUAUCUCAAGCAGCCCAUGCCAGCAGGAGCAAAUUCUGCAGUGAUAUAAGUUGAUCAAAAAGUGGGCAUGCAGGGCAGGCAUUAGUUGGAGCACUCAACUUUUUUGAAGGUAUUUUAUGUACUUUUAAAACACAGAAGAUUUUCUUUUCUAAUGGAAAGAUUAGUUGUUUCCUCUCCAUCUUUUCCACUGAAAAAGGAACAAUAACAUUGAUCAAACACUUUUUUUUUGCAAAAAGUUAUUGAAAAAAGCCAUUUUUUUAUUAAAAAUAAUUUCACGAGAAAAUUCUAGCAGCUGCAGUAGCCAACCAUGAAUAAGUUACACUCAGCCACAUUAGAAACACACCCGGAGUCUCCACUUUACUGCAGGUUAUUGCUAUGAGUAUGGUUCAUUUUUAAGAACGAUGGAGCACUUGUGCAAUACAUCCUUUCACUAUGAAGGCACUCCUAGUGAAGAAUAUACAAUAGAGCAGAAAAGGUAUUUCUAGAUGUGUCUGGACCUUUGCUGCCUCCUAGAAGCAUGAGUGUCCUUUCAUCAGCAUUGUAUCCCCCAAUAGUCACUUAACUCACUAUGGGUACAUCUACACUGCAGGCUUUUUGCGAAAGAACUGCGCAAAAACUUAUUGGGUGUCUACACUGCAUGCACAUUCUUGUGCAA